AGUUUCACUCUUUCUUUGAAUAUGUUCAGGUAAAACAGAAGGAGACAAAAAGGCAGAAGAAAUGGAGAUGUUCACAAAACUUUACACUGAAAUGAAAGGUCCAGAUAAAAAGCAAGACAAGACUCUCAGUGCCAUUCCCAGAUUUUAUUUCAAAUUACCAGGUGAAGAUGAUGUACUGCUUCAAAAAUUAAGAGAGGAAUCCAGAGCCGUUUUUUUGCAAAGGAGGAGUAGAGAGCUACUAGAUAAUGAAGAGCUGCAGAAUUUGUGGUUUUUGCUUGACAAACACCAUACACCACCUGUAGUCGGUGAAGAUCAGAUGAUAAACUAUGAUGACUUUCUUAAAGUUGCUACAGAAGCAGGGGAAAAGUGCAAACCAUUCUUUACAGCAACCAUCUUUGCUAAGCUGCUUCAGAAUGACCCCUAUGGUAGAAUCUCAAUCAUGCACUUCUUCAACUAUGUAAUGCGUAAGGUGUGGCUUCAUCAAACUAGGAUUGGUCUGAGUCUCUAUGAUGUUGCUGGGCAAGGAUUUCUCAAGGAAGCUGAUCUUGAGAACUACAUUCUUGAGCUGAUACCAACCCUACCUCAACUUGAUGGAUUGGAGAAAUCCUUCUACUCAUUCUAUGUAUGUACAGCUGUCAGAAAAUUCUUCUUCUUUCUUGACCCAAUGAGGACAGGCAAGAUCCGUAUUCAAGAUAUCCUUGCUUGUAGCUUUUUGGAUGAUCUUCUUGAACUAAGAGAUGAAGAGUUACCAAAAGAUGCCCAGGAAUCGAAUUGGUUUUCAGCUCCUUCAGCACUUAGAGUGUAUGGUCAAUAUUUGAAUCUGGAUAAGGACCACAAUGGUAUGCUGAGUAAAGCAGAGUUAGCUAGGUAUGGAACAGGAACAUUGACAGAGGUCUUCCUUGAUAGAGUCUUCCAGGAAUGCCUUACGUAUGAUGGAGAAAUGGACUACAAGACAUACUUGGAUUUUGUUCUUGCAAUGGAGAAUAGGAAGGAGCCUCAAGCUCAGCAGUAUUUCUUCAGAUUACUGGAUGUGCAGAGCAGGGCUUAUCUUAAUGUCUUCUCUCUCAAUUUCUUCUUCCGGGCAAUCCAAGAACAGAUGAGAUCACAUGGUCAGGAGCCUGUAUCGUUUGCUGAUGUUAAAGAUGAGAUAUUUGACAUGGUAAAACCAGCUGAUCCACUUCAUAUUACAUUACAAGAUCUCAUCAACAGCAAUCAUGGUGAGACAGUAAUCAGUAUCCUGAUAGAUCUAAAUGGAUUCUGGACUUAUGAAAACAGAGAGGUUCUCAUGGCUGAAAAUAACUCACAAGAUGAUGAUCACGAUAUCUGAACAGGACAUACAAUGUUUUUCUUAAAGAUGAAUACUGAUGGAAUUGAAUGGAUUCUGAACUUAUGAAAACAAAGAGGUUCUCAUGGCUGAAAAUAAUUCACAAGAUGAUGAUCAUGAUAUCUAGAUGGACAUUUGUUUUAAAGAUGGACACUGAUGGAAUUGAAUGGAUUCUUGUACAACGAGAACAGGAUUAGAACUGCCCGCCAUGUGAUGAAUUCUCUUUUACCGGCUCAAUCCACGUCCAUACCAAAAUUCAUCAGGGUUUAAGACAGAAUGUGUGGUUAGUUAUAGAAAUAUUGAGUUUACCAUCAUCAUUGGUAGGGGAAGAUUAGAUUUUCAAUCCAAAAUGUACCUCUAUACUGAUUUACGUCAGUUAUUACUCAGCUGUUGAUAUUUUUACAAUGCUUCAUGGUCAAAGAUGUCAAUGGACAAAUUGAAAUAUUUGUCAGUUCUUGCCAUUCAGGGCACUGUUAACUUUGUAUCGUCUUUACUUUUAAGAAUGUGAUCACAAUACAGUCUGUAUGUAUCUUGAACGAAGAAGGUAACUGUUCUUUCAGUCCCUGGAUGUACCUUGUUACAACUUUUUGACUUAAACAAAUGGAAUUGAAGCUUUGAUAUAUAGUACAAGUCUGUGUAUGUAUUAGUUUAAUAUCUGAGCCCUUCAUAACAAAAAGUUGUGUUCUUAUCCUGAGGGUGCACCUUUAUAUGCCAGAUCUAAAUCAUGAAUAAAUAUUUUUUAAAGUGAAAUGAGUCAUGAAAAUGUCUGUUCUUGUCAACAUUGGAUUAUACAGCACCCAGAGAUUUCAAAUACAGGGGCCUUACAUGUGCAUUGGCCAGCAGGGACAAUGUUAAGUGUAUCACAGGUGACAUAAUAGUGGACUGGAUACUUCCUUGAUUUUCUGAUUUGAAUAUGUUAAUCAUUUAUGUUAUACAAGGUCAAUGCUCUUUUAAGCCUUGCUCAGAUAUGAUACGGCAAAGCUUAGCAACAUUUUUCAUCGUGUUCAAACAUGGGAGACACAACACACCUCAUCCAUGCAAAUGUAUUAAACAUUUUGUCCAACGUUGUGCUGAAAAAUUCUUAAUAGUAAUUCUUUCAUAGUGAUUGCAUGACUUGUGUUAAAUGAUGUUAAGAGUUUAUCUUCACAAUUCUGGACAAAUUAUUUUGGCAUUUUGUUUUUUCACAAAGAAUUUGAUUGAUUAAUAAUUUUCUGUCACCUUGCAAAAAAACAAACUUAUAUUGCAUGUGCUUCAUUUCAUUUAAUUGACUUCAUUCAUGACAGAUGUUGCUGAGGUUUGCUGCUGAACUUUAUGCUGAAUUGAAUGAGCCCUUAUACUUACAGUAAUUUUACAUGGUAUUGCCAUGGUGCUGUCAUGAAUUGAGCAUUGCUUUGAUAUAAACAAUAUAAUGGGAUCUUUAAGAACUAUUUUGAAAUGUGCAAUGUGUGCAUUGUACAAUUCUAUAAACAUGUGAAUAACAAUGACCCAUAAUGUGUAAAAUGACAAUACAUUCUUAUUCCUAUAUAUUGUUUUUAAGUGGAAUUAGGUUUUUGUUGAGAAGAGGAAAUGAAUGAACAUCAAAGUUUGAAUUAAUAGUUCCAAUCGAUGGCCAAUUAUAUUUUAUAACAUAUUUUUGUCUUACUAUAAUGAACAUUAGAGUAUCUAUACCUAUUAGAAUUUUCUACCCUAUACAAUUAUGUAAAGAUACAUUGAAAAUACUGAAUUUAUGUACUUGUAAACUUCAUUACAUAUUUCACAACUAAAAAUGAGGUGCCAGAAUGAUUAGUUAUUCUUAUUUCAAUGUCAAAUCAAAAUAAAAUUGAUAUGUUAUUCAGAUAUCAAUGUUCUCUUUUUUGAGGUUAGUCAAACUUGCUAUUAUUUAUCUAUCAUUUUUUUUUUUUUUAUUAUUGCUUAAAUAUUGAUAGGAUUAAACAAGAUAUUGGUUUUUUUUACUGAAUGCUGACUGUAAUACACCUAAUGCAACAUUUCCAUCAAAGUCAAUUCCUUAAAGGUCAAGUCCACCCCAGAAAGAUGUUGAUAAAAAUCAAACUAGCAAAACGCUGAAAAUUUCAUUAAAAUCGGAUGUAAAAUAAGAAAGUUAUGACACUUUAAAGUUUUGCUUAUUUUUCACAAAACAGCGAUAUGUAUAAUGUUAUGUAGUAUGUAUGUAACUUCCUGUUAUCCUUUCAGUCAUUCACCUUCACUUGUUUACCAACUCCCCCAAUGUCAUCUAAGAAUCCCCAAACCCCCAAGACCAUUUAACUCAUAAACCUUGACCAUAAAAAGACCAACCCUCAGUGACGUCAGCUAACUUCAUGGAAGAAGUAUGACUCACACUCCAGCCCCAGUCACUUGCACAGAGCAUCACCACACCCCUUAUACCAGAGAAAGUUUGAUAGACAGUUACCUGUAGACCAAUCAGAUCAAGUUUAGAUCACUCCCACCUUAAAUUGUUACACCCCAAAACUCAUGAUAUAAAUAAGACUUCGUGAUAUUUAGAGAUAGAGAAUACCAACGAUAGAAAACUAGACCCACACUAAUCCUGACUGACUGACUUCAAGACUUAGAUGUCCAUCUAGUAUUAAUUUAACUGCACUUCGAAUCUCAACCUGAUACUUCUAAAUUAUUUUAUAUUCAUCGUCUCCUGAUAUACUCUGAAUCUUCAUGUACUUCGAACUGUAGCUGAAUGUUGAUGAUUAAAUACCUAGUGAUUUGAACUGUAUAACUUUCUCCAAAGUUUCCUUAUUACGCUUCCCUUCAAUAAUCACCGAUCCCAUCCCAACAUAACAUGGUGGAGAACCCGGCUCUAUAAUUAAGAAAGACUAAAACCAUGGAGAUCUUCGAGAAAAAGGCUGAGAAUAGCUCUUCUCAUUACGCUUCCCUAACUUAUAAUUACCGAUCCCAACACGACAAUAACUCAAAUGAGAAAGUUGAUGAUGUCCCUCACUCACUAUUCAUUUUGUUUUUUAUUGUUUGAAUUAUACAAUAUUUCAUUUUUUAUUGAUUUGACAAUGAGGACCAACUUGACUGAAUCAUCUAGGAUUAAACAAUGCUCAUUCCACAUGUUCAGGGAGGAAUUCAUCGUUGUUUCACUUGACAAAGAGGAGAAAAAUAGAAUAUUCCCUAUUUCAUAUAAUAAAAUACAAAAGAAAUAGUGAGUGGAUGAUGUCAUCAGUUUCCUCAUUUGCAUACCCACCAGGAUGUGCAUAUAACUAUUUUGUGAAAUUAAGCAAAACUUUAAAAUGUCAUAACUUUCUUAUUUCACAUCCGAUUUUGAUGAAAUUUGCAGUGUUAUGUUUGUUGGAUUUUUCUCUUUAUUCAAAUCAACUUUAUGUUGGGGUGGACUUGACCUUUAAUUUUUUAUACUGUGCAUAACAGCAAUUUUGAACCCGUAUUUUCAGUUCUUCUAUAGUCAACUGCAUUCCGAAUUGAACUCUAGAUAUUUUUUAUUAUUUAAUUUCAUUCAAUCUCAACACCAAUUUCAAACUUGGCUCGUGUUUGCAUAUUUGACUGAGGAUGAGGAUGAUCUGAUUAGAUUGUGGGGUUUCAAGUUCAAGGGCCAAAGGACAUUAGUUCUUUCAUGCAAUAGCCAAUUAACCAAGAGAAGGGACAUCUUCAAACUUGCUUGUGCAUAUAUGGGAGUGAAGAUACUCUGACUAGAUUUGGAGGGUCAUGAGUUCAGAGGUCAUUGUUUUAACAGUUUAGAAGUACACUGUGUGAUAUAUUUCUGAUCAAGCAGUGACAGUGGCAUACAUUUUGGUCUGUGCAGUUGAGAAUCUAUCUAGUUUUCUUUGGUUUUUGCUUCAAUAUGAAUUUUUAAAACGUCUAUCAGGACUGUAUAAAAUGUGUAUAUAUUAUGUACAUUAUUAAAUUAUUUAUUUUUCAUUAAAGUGAAUGAAUACCUGAAUGCAAUUUUAGUGUUUUGGAUAGAAAAGUUUAAUAAAGUUUUUCUAGAAUUA